AUGACUGCCGACAUUGUCCAACGGGCCAACCCCGAGCACGAGGAGUAUCAGUAUCUCGACCUGAUCUCGCGCAUCAUCUCUACUGGCCAAACUCGCCCCGACCGUACCGGCACCGGCACGCUUGCGCUGUUCGCACCCAACUCGCUGCGCUUCUCGCUGGCCAACAACGCCCUCCCCUUGCUCACCACCAAGCGCGUGUUCACCCGCGGCGUGAUUGAGGAGCUUCUCUGGUUUGUCUCGGGCUGCACCGACGGCCAGGUGCUCGCCGACAAGGGCAUCAACAUCUGGGCAGGCAACGGCAGCAGGGAGUACCUCGACCGCGUUGGUCUCGGUCACCGGAGGGAAGGCGACCUGGGACCCGUGUAUGGGUUCCAGUGGAGGCACUUUGGCGCCGACUAUGGUACCUGCGAGGACGACUAUUCGGGCAAGGGCGUGGACCAGCUCAUGGAGGUCAUUGACAAGAUUAAGAAUAACCCCACCGACAGGCGUAUUGUGCUCAGCGCAUGGAACCCAAAGGACCUCAAGCUCAUGGCCCUGCCCCCCUGCCACAUGUUCUGCCAGUUCUUCGUCACCCUCCCCGAGACGCCCGAGGCCAAGCCCAAGCUCUCCUGCCUCAUGUACCAGCGGUCAUGCGACUUGGGUCUCGGUGUCCCUUUCAACAUUGCCAGCUACGCGCUCCUCACCCACAUGAUCGCCCAGGUCACCGGCACCGAGGCGCACGAGUUCAUCCUCCAGAUGGGUGACGCGCACGUUUACAGGGACCAUGUGGAGCCCCUCAAGGUCCAGCUCGAGCGCGAACCCCGCCCCUUCCCCACCCUCCGCUUCAAGCGCGAGAUCACGGACAUUGACGAUUUCACCUACGACGACUUUGUCGUCGAGGGAUACAGCCCCAUGGGCAAGAUUGAGAUGAAGAUGUCUGCCUAA